AUGGAAAAAAUUAACGUCCUUGUCGUGGGUAACGGAGGCCGUGAGCACGCACUGGUGUGGAAGCUGGUCCAAUCGCCAUGGGUCAAACAUAUCUUUGUCGCGCCGGGAAAUGGUGGCUUUUCAAAACUUGAUAAUGUCACCUCUGUCCCUAUCGGAUCCUCCCCUUCUGAUUUCAGUUCAUUGGUUGACUUUGCCACCAAACAAGACGUUGGUCUUGCUAUACCUGGUCCAGAGCAGCCACUGGUUGACGGCAUCACUACAUGGUUCCAGAAAGCUGGUAUUCCAGUUUUCGGUCCUAGUGCCAAAGCUGCCAGAAUGGAAGGAUCCAAGACAUUUUCCAAAGACUUUAUGAAGAGGCACAACAUCCCUACUGCCAGAUACGAGAACUUCACCGAUUGCGAGGCUGCCAAACAAUAUAUUGCCAAUUCCAACCAUAAUUUAGUUAUUAAGGCAUCAGGAAUCGCUGCUGGCAAAGGUGUUUUGAUCCCAGCUAACAAAGAGGAAGCUUACGAAGCCAUCAAAGAAAUUAUGGUCAACAGACAGUUUGGUUCUGCCGGUGACGAGGUUGUUAUUGAGGAGUUUCUCGAGGGAGAUGAGCUGUCUAUUCUAUGUAUUAGCGACGGCUACUCCUUUGUCGAUCUUCCUCCUGCCCAAGACCACAAACGUAUUGGCAACGGGGAUACUGGUCUGAAUACUGGAGGAAUGGGUGCUUACUCGCCCGCCCCUAUUGGCACCCCAUCGUUGCUGGAGAAGAUCAGAAACAGUAUCUUGAAACCAACAAUCGAUGGAAUGAGAAAAGACGGCUACCCAAUGGUUGGAUGUUUGUUUGUUGGUAUCAUGGUGACUCCUGAUGGUGAACCAAAAGUCCUUGAAUAUAAUGUGCGGUUCGGAGACCCGGAGACCCAGACUGUGCUGCCGUUACUAAAGUCUGACCUUCUGGAGCUGAUGUUGGCCACUGUUGAACAUCGUCUCGAUAGCGUCGACUUCCAGGUCCACACGGACAAGUACAGCACUACCGUUGUUGUUGCUGCUGGCGGAUAUCCAGAGUCUUACAGAAAGGGAGACGAGAUCACCGUCAAGGAGCCAUUGCCAGAGAACACGUUCAUUUUCCAUGCUGGUACCAAGGAAGAAAACGGUAAGGUUGUCACUGCCGGUGGUCGUGUGAUUGCUGCCACCGCAAUCGCCGACACUUUGGAAGAAGCUGUCAAGAAGGCUUACAUCGGUGUCGACCAUAUCUCAUUCAAGGACAAAUACAACCGAACGGAUAUUGCUCACCGUGCGUUCAGAGAAAAGCCAAAAAACAAGGUCUCGAUAACGUACGAGGAUGCAGGUGUUUCUGUCGAUGCUGGAAACCAACUGGUGGAGAAAAUCAAAAAGAGCGUCAAAUCCACGAAGAGACCAGGUGCGGACUCGGAAAUUGGUGGGUUUGGAGGUCUGUUCGAUCUGCAGAGGGCUGGAUACACAGACAUCAACAACACUCUUCUUGUGGCCGCUACAGACGGUGUUGGAACCAAGCUUAGAGUCGCCCAGAUCAUGGGUAUCCACAAUACCGUUGGUAUCGACCUCGUGGCCAUGAAUGUCAACGACCUGGUUGUUCAGGGUGCUGAGCCACUGAUGUUCCUGGACUACUUUGCAACUGCUCAUCUGGAUAUCAAAGUUGCUGCCGAUUUUGUGGAAGGUGUUGCCAAUGGUUGCAAAUUGUCGGGCUGUGCUCUUGUCGGCGGUGAGACCAGUGAGAUGCCAGGGAUGUACGCUCCUGGUCACUACGACACCAACGGCACUGCCGUUGGCGCGGUUCUGAAAGGCGAUAUCUUGCCAAAAAAGGACGAAAUGAAAGCCGGCGACGUGCUUCUUGGUCUUGCCUCUGACGGCGUGCACUCGAACGGGUUCUCGUUGAUUAGAAAGAUCAUCGAGACUACCGACUAUAAAUAUACAGAUCCUGCACCAUGGAACCCGAAGUCGACGAUCGGCGAGGAAGUUCUAAUUCCAACCAGAAUCUACGUCAAGCAGCUGCUUCGUGCUACCAGAAGGGCUCUGAUUCUUGGACUUGCUCACAUCACUGGAGGAGGACUUGUUGAGAACAUUCCAAGAGCACUUCCCGACAAUUUGAGUGCAGAAGUGGACAUGUCCACUUGGACUGUCCCUGAGAUUUUCACAUGGCUGGGAAAGACAGGAGGAGUACCAAUCAACGAUAUUUUGAAGACUCUAAACAUGGGUAUUGGUAUGGUGGCCAUUGUGAAACCUGAGAAUGUCGAGGAGGUCACCAAAGUUCUUAAGGAGGCUGGAGAGACCGUCUACACCAUUGGAAAGCUUGUUGAGCGCAAAAAUUUGCCUGGAUGCACUAUCAAGAACAGUCAGGAUUUGUACUAG